GCCGAUUUGAUCCGCUGGAAUCUGCUGUGGGAAGCGCUGCGGGCUCCGUGAGCAGCUCUGCGGAGCGGCGUGCGUGGAGGGCGGCCCUGCGGCGACUGCCCAGGGAUGUGAGCGGCCCCCGCGAGGCCGAGCGCGCCCGCCCGGGCUCCUGCCUCGCCGACCCUUUGUGCGGGGGGAAAACCCGCCUGGAGCCGGGGAUGAUGUCGGUGGAAGGGUCUACGAUAACGAGUCGGAUCAAGAACCUGCUUCGCUCCCCUUCCAUCAAGCUGAGGAGAAGCAAGCCUGGCAACAAGCGGGAGGACAUAGGCAGCAAGGUGACCUUGGAAAAAGUGCUGGGGAUAACCGUGUCAGGAGGCAGAGGAUUAGCCUGCGACCCCAGAACUGGCCUUGUUGCUUAUCCAGCAGGGUGUGUUGUUGUGCUGUUCAACCCUAGAAAAAAUAAGCAACACCAUAUUCUAAACAGCUCCAGGAAAACAAUCACAGCCCUUGCUUUCUCUCCAGAUGGAAAAUACCUGGUUACAGGAGAGAGCGGCCACAUGCCGGCGGUGCGCGUGUGGGACGUGGCCGAGCGCACGCAGGUGGCGGAGCUGCAGGAGCACAAGUACGGCGUGGCCUGCGUCGCCUUCUCGCCCAGCGCCAAGUACAUCGUCUCGGUGGGCUACCAGCACGACAUGAUUGUCAACGUGUGGUCCUGGAAGAAAAACAUUGUGGUGGCAGCCAACAAAGUCUCAAGCAAAGUGACAGCUGUGUCAUUCUCGGAGGACUGCAGUUACUUUGUCACUGCUGGAAAUCGGCAUAUCAAGUUCUGGUACCUAGAUGACAGCAAAACCUCCAAGGUGAAUGCCACAGUCCCCUUGCUGGGUCGCUCCGGUUUGCUUGGGGAACUGAGGAACAACUUCUUCGCAGAUGUGGCAUGUGGAAGGGGCAAGAAGGCUGACAGCACCUUCUGUAUCACCUCCUCAGGCCUGUUGUGUGAAUUCAACGAGAAAAGGCUGCUUGACAAGUGGGUGGAGUUGAGGAAUACAGACAGCUUCACAACCACUGUGGCCAACUGCAUCUCGGUGAAUCAUGACUACAUCUUCUGCGGCUGCGCCGACGGCACCGUGCGCAUUUUCAACCCCCUGAACCUUCACUUUGUCACCACGCUGCCCAAGCCGCAUUUCUUGGGGACGGAUAUCGCGAGCGUGACAGAAGCCAGUCGGCUCUUCUCCGGCAUGGCUGAUGCCAAGUAUCCAGACACGAUUGCCCUCACCUUUGACCCCACCAACCAGUGGCUUUCCUGUGUGUACAACGACCACAGCCUGUACGUGUGGGAUGUCAGAGACCCCAAGAAAGUGGGCAAGGUUUACUCUGCUCUGUACCAUUCCUCUUGCGUGUGGAACAUCGAGAUGUAUCCGGAGGUGAAGGACAACAACCAGUCGUGCCUGCCCCCUGGUUCCUUCAUCACCUGUUCAUCCGACAACACCAUUCGCCUGUGGAAUACGGAGAGCUCCAACAUUCAUGGCACAGCUCUGCACCGCAACAUCCUCAGCAACGACUUGAUGAAGAUCAUCUAUGUAGAUGAUAACACUCAGGUACUCCUGGAUACCGACUACAACUCGGGCGGCAGCGCGGACAAAGCGGACGCGCAGGUGCUGGACACAAAGGUGGGGAUACGCACGGUGUGCGUGAGCCCCGGCGGGGAGCACCUGGCCUCGGGGGACAGGAUAGGCACCCUCAGGAUAUAUGAGUUGCAGUCUUUGAGAGAGAUGCUGAAGGUGGAAGCCCAUGACUCUGAGAUCCUCUGUCUGGAGUACUCCAAACCUGACACAGGGUUAAAGCUGCUAGCCUCAGCCAGUCGGGAUAGGUUGAUUCAUGUCUUGGAUGCUGGAAAGGAUUACAGCCUGCAGCAGACCCUGGAUGAACAUUCCUCUUCCAUCACUGCUGUGAAAUUUGCAGCUAACGAUGGGAAAGUGCGAAUGAUCAGCUGUGGGGCAGACAAAAGCAUCUAUUUCCGCACUGCGCAAAAGACAGGAGAAGGAGUUCAGUUUACUCGAACACAUCACAUUGUUAGGAAGACCACUCUGUAUGACAUGGAUGUGGACCCCAGCUGGAAAUAUGCUGCUAUUGGUUGCCAAGACCGUAACAUCAGGGUUUUCAACAUCAGCAGUGGGAAGCAGAAGAAGCUUUACAAAGGAUCACAAGGUGAAGAUGGGACUCUCAUCAAAGUGCAAACUGACCCGUCUGGUCUUUAUAUUGCAACCAGUUGUUCUGACAAGAACCUCUCCAUCUUUGAUUUCUAUUCUGGCGAGUGUGUUGCUACCAUGUAUGGGCAUUCAGAGAUUGUAACUGGGAUGAAAUUUAGUAAUGACUGCAAACAUCUGAUCUCUGUUUCUGGUGACAGCUGCAUCUUCAUAUGGCGCCUGAGCUCGGAGAUGACCAUCAACAUGCGGCAGCGGCUGUCCGACAUGAGGCAGAGGGGGAAGCAGGCAGAAAAGUCUCCUCCACACAAGACAGCUGGACUCAUGAGGCAUGAGUCCAUCUCAGCCCUAUCAUCUGUGCCUGCACUCUCGUCAGACAGCGACAAGGAUGGUGAAGAUGAUGGGAAUGAUGAAGAUGAGUUACGUGGGCUGCAGUCUUUCCAUAUUCAGUCGAAUUGUAAUGCUGAGAAAGACUCAGAUACAGACCUUAGCCUCUCAAGAAGCCUCUCCCACUGGGAAAUGAGGAGGGCGAAGGAGAUCGCCGCGAUCCAGCGCUCGGAGGCAGCCGUGAGCAAGAUGCCCCGGCAGCGCGGGCGCUGGUCGCAGCCGAGCAGCAGCAUCGAGAUGACGGUGAAGUCCAUGCUCGACCUGCGUCAGCUGGAGUCUUUCUCUGUUUCCCGUUCCCCAAGUCGAGACUCGUUGUCCCAAAACAGCAAUGGGGAUGACAGAGAGGAGCAGGCCGAUCUCCUCGUGCACAUGAACAAAGUUGGAGGCUCAAUAACUACCCAGGACAACCGGUCUUGUGCACGACCCCAAGUGAUUCGGCUGGUGUCUUGUGAAGAGGGGAUUUUCUCUCAGGAACUGGAACCUUGUGAGAGUGAGGAGUGUGUAAUCUACCCUGAGCAAGAUGAAAUCCAUCCCACAGACCCUAGCAGUGAGUUCCAGGUAAAAGCGCUGCCGCAUGGGAAGCUAAGUAGAGGUUAUCACAGUAAUGGAUGCCCAGACAAACACAGCCCUGACAGUGCCUGCUCUGUAGAUUACAGCAGCAGUCGCCUGUCCAGCCCAGAUCAUCCAAAUGAAGAUUCUGAAAGCACUGAGCCCCUAAGUGUGGAUGGCAUCUCAGAUCUGGAGGGAGAGGAGGGAGAAGAUGAUGCAGGUACUGGCCUGCUGGAGGGAGAAAUCCCUCAGAUACCGGAUCAGGAAAAGUUCCUCAAGCAGCAUUUUGGGACCUUGGGCAGCACUGACGGACAAGGUGGCUCAUGUAGAGCUCUGGAAAGAACUGAAAACCUCAGCAUCUCCUCGCGCUUUCUUUCCCAGUCCCCAGCUCUCAGAUAUUUGUCCCUCUCCUCAUCGAAUCUGACACUGGAUUCAAAGAGCAUCGAGCCUCCAGCCCAGACCAAUGGGACUGCUCCGGACCUGCUGAAAAAUGGCAGCAGCCAUCCUGGUGAUGCCUUGGAGAACGACCACCUCCUGGAGGGUGUGAAUUCCCAUCGGGCUGUUUAUGCCCAGAAGAAACGCAAGUCGGCUUUAGAGAGCAGCCGAGUUGGUAUGGGGCCCGGCCGAGUUAUGGCCUCCUUUCCAGAAGGCCCUGUGAAUGCAGUGAUGAGGAAGGCACAGUCCGUUCAUGACCUCGUUCAUGAGGAUAAGGGUCCUGGAGUGGUAUCCUCUGCCAAGCAGCGUCCUCAGACUCUUACGGUGAUUGAGAAAGAUCCCAGACCUAACAAUUGCAGGGUCUUGUCAGCCAGUUUGCUGAAGAUGGAUGGAUCUGGUGCUCUGCUGGCCAAAGAUGUCAGGGCUGCAAAACCCAAGUCCUACAUGAACCCCACGACCAGCUUCCGGGCUAAGAUGUCAAGGAGUAUAUCUGUAGGGGAAAACCUGUAUCUCGGUUGCUCUGCUGAAGUGUUGACUGAGGGGAGGACUAGCCCUCCAGUGGCAGAGAAGAUGCAACUCACUCCCCCAGCAGAGGCUGAGAAGAAUAAGCUACCAGUGAAGGAAAAAGAAAAUGUUCCAGUGAAGCCAACAGUUCAGCCAGUUGUAAACUGCUCGUCUCCCAAGUCCUUUCACAGCAAGCUGGCAUCGUCAAAUCGAGCACACCUGAUCCUUGACAUUCCUAAGCCAUUACCUGACAGACCUACGCUGGCCUCCUUCUCACCCACUACCAAAUCCAAAACGCUGCUUGAGCCACAGUCUCCACAGUCACCUGCUGGGGCCUGUAAAAAGAAGCCUUUUCCUGAAGGCCGAUCCUCCAAGAGGGAGAAUCACACUACUGGGCCUCUGGUUCCUGGUAAAGAGGCUCCACUAGGACUUACUAAGGACAGCCCAACGGAGAGUCUGGGCUCAAGGACAGAUUGCCAGGAUGAGCCAGGGGUCACGAACCCAAAGCUGAGAGAGUUUUCAGAAGGCCGGCAGCAAAGGUCUCCUGCAAGCGCGUUGCCCCGGUGCAGGGAGAUGACCACCGGCAUUGCCUGCGUGCUAGACGAGCAGCCUGGACUUUGCCCACUAGACCCCAUCAGGCCGAGGUCUCCUACGUCUCUAACGGCCUCGGCACAGGUCUCAGAGCAUUGCAUCAGCGUAGAGCAGUGCGAGCACGUGGUGUCUGAGCUCCAGGAGAGCAUGCGCAGAGCCAUCCACCUCUACCGCGCGGUGUUAAAUGAUACGGAGUCUUCUACUGACAAAGAUAAGAUAGCUGGUCUCCUGACAGAAACAUUCUCCUUAGUGAAGAAAGAAUUGGACUCCCUAAAAGAUGAAGAAGAGCUUCCAAAGGCUAAGGAGGUUCUGGUGAAGCCACAGGAUACCACUAAGCCACUGAAUGAGGGAUGCAGUGCCAAUCUCCCCAGCCCCAAGAGUUUGGGGGAUGAGCAGACGCUAGCUUUGCUGGAGCAGUACUCAGAGCUGUUGCUACAAGCUGUGGAACGGCGCAUGGACAAAAAACUCUAAAGGGGUCUUUUUCAGGUGUUUGUGGAUACACGGAAAUAAUCCCAAGAGGAGGACCACAGAAGCCUUGGACAAAUGGAUUAUCGUGCUGGUCGAGGUGGUGGGGAGGCCUUUGUAAAUUUGACAUCCUCAAGCCCAUACAAGUGACAUGCUCUAAUUCUUAGCAAUGUGCUGGCCACAAUUUUAAUAUUUUUUCCCAUGCUCUUCAACUUCCUGUCUCUAUACAAAGUCUUGAAAGAGGAGUUUGGAGAAAUUUCUUUGAAAUUUCUUCAUAGCCAGGAUGUCAGGAUGUUUGGCACUUAAACAAAGGAAAAUCCAGUUUAUCCAAGGAAAUUCUGAACUGCUGACUAAAAACAAAGGAGUCCAAGUGAAGCCAAUCCUUUUCACACCAGGGUUUCAUCAGAAUCCAGAAGCAGACUUUUUAUGUGUUUAUUUAUUAAUUUAUUUUUCUGACUGUUGCUCUGUCACGUUUGUGGCUUUUUCCUUUGUCCUUUAAAAAAAGGUAAUCCCUUUGCUAUAUCCCUGCGAAAAACAAUCUCUGUAUUAUAAACCCCCAACAGGGAGACAGGCUGGAGUGUCUGUGCAAUGACUGAACUGUUUUCUGCUUAAAUCUUGUCUUGUUCAUCUUUCUUUUCCUGCCUGAGUUUGGUACCUGCAGUAAUUCUACUGUUAUCGUGACUACCCUGUUGGCUUUUCUCUUUCUUUAAGGACAGUCCCCACACCGUAUUUGAUCCGUGUUCACCUCAAGGAGAAAAUUCUGCAAGCCUUGGGUCAAGCUUUGGAGAUUAUUUAAGAUCAGUAUUGAAAUUUUAGCCUGGAAUUUGAUAUUAUAUUGAUAUAUGGAUUUUUUCUGCAGAUGCUCUAAAAGAAGGGAUGUAGAUGCAAAUAUGAACAUUCAUUUCAGCCUUUUUUCAUGAUUAGGAAUUGGCUGUUGACUUUAAUAUCGCUGACUCUGGAAAAUUUGGGGAUGAUGAUUUAUUUGUUAAAGAAGUGACGUGGAAGACCUGCGUUCCAUCCCUUACAGCAUAAAUUUGGAUAUGAGAAAUCUUCAAUUUAAAUACUGCUUCAUAUAAUAUGUUGAUUUCAUUGUCUUGAUAGGAGAACAUUUUGUUCUUGUUUUUCCAAAGAGGCAAAAUAUUUACACUCCAAGAAUGGUGGGAUUCUGUUACCUUUUGUAAAGCUAUUUCAACUAUCCACAGAAAAUGGUCUUGUCACAGACUUCCAAACAAGUAUUUUGGGAUGUGUUUACUACCAUUUUUUCCUCCUAGAUUCUUUCAUGAAUUUCUUGACUGAGAAACAGAGAAUCUUCCCCCCUUGUAUUUGUGUGUGCAAUACUCUUCUCACCCUGUGGGACUUAAUCCAGCCUAGAUGGGUUAAACUGUCUAGUGAUGAUGACAAGCUAAUGGAGAGGAGGAGGAAACAAAAAACAAAAACUCUUUAGCACCUUCCCCUUUUAUCCCCCUCCCCUCCUUCUCACAGUGGAGAUAGAUACCCAGACUGCUUUAUUUCUUCCUCCAUCUCCAUUCUUUCUUGUAUUGGAGGCAGAGCAGUACAAUUCCAAUUUAUAAAAGAAGGCAAGGAAGCUUGAAGCGUUUGGUGGGUAAGAGUAUACAUUUGUGUGUCCAUGGAAGUCACUUAAAGGUGGCCAGACUGCGACAUGUUGUUCCACAGGUUAAAGGCUUAAAGCAUUUUUAUGUUACAUUAUUGUUCUGGCUGGUUUGGCCAUUCUUUGAAACCCUGGGGCGCUCUGACAUUCAGUCUGUUGACUGACUUGGUUUUCCUGCCUUUCUGCUGGGCAGGCUGGCACUGGAUGACCUUUUUCCUCAGCGUGCCCCAGGGCUCGGGGAAUCUGCUGUUCUUGCUCUCCCACCACAGGUGUGUUGGCUGGUCCUCGUUGCUGGCUGCUGCAGGGCUUGGCAGGAUGGGGAGCAUUUCCAGGGCUUUCCAGCUACUUCCACCUCUAAUUUCAGCCUGACUCAUCUUGUGUGUCAGAUGUUCUUGCUAGCUUUCCUUCCAUGGGGCUGUACUGAAACUUUACAAGUCCUGUUUCAACCUUGCAUUGAAUUAGAUGAGGUGCUGGCUUUCAUGGGCAGUGUCUCUUGCAGAGAAAAGUUUAGUGAAGGAGGACGAGCUGAAAAGUAGAGGAAUUUUCUGGGAGUUUCCUUGAGUGCAGGGUGUGCUGGAGGUGCUGCAUGCGGCAUGGAUGGUGGUACGAGUGAUGGAGUUGGUCUGGGUCAAGCUUGCUUCUGAGGUGAUGCUUCUUUUCUUCAUCCACUUUCAGACUGUGAACAUAUGUCCCCAGUACACAGGAAUCUUUUUGCUGUGCUGGGGCCACGAGACACUCAGGUAAAAUAGCAGUCCCUUCAACCCAUGUAUCUUUUUGUAUUGAAGAUAAUGGCUUGGGGGUCUUUUAUAUUACUUCCCUGUGCAAUUUUAUUCCAUUUUAUUGCUUAAAGUAUAAGAUAGUGACAAAAGGGAUCAGAGAUAAUAUAGGAGAGCGAGUGGCCAGAAUGAACAGAUAAUGUUGCAGUUCUCAUCAAGAAGAAAAGCAACAAGCAGUGAAGUUCACAGAGAGAUAUGAAAUAAAGUGCCUUGGAAAUAAGUCACAUGAAGCAAAUCUGAUAUUUUUUAUGCUAAUUGGGGGGCUUUGCUGUGUGGAAGGGAUUUUGCCUAUGAUCAAGGCUGCAUAUGGAAAACAACUGAGGCUAAAUUCUAAUCAGAAUGAUGGUAAGAGAGGUGUCAAGCAAGUAGAUUAGUUGGAGGGUGGUAGUGUAAUUGGAAAUAGAGUAGUAGAUGUAGGACAUUCAGGGAAAUAAGUUAGAGACAAUGUUGGCUUGAGGAACACUGUUGGCCAACAGCUGUGAAAGAUGCAGUACACAAAGGCUUAAGGAAAGUAGAUUUAGGGUAGAGUUGGUGAUUGUUAAUUUAAGAAUGUGUUGAAUAGAUGCUUUGCAGCUGUAUUUCUUGGGCUCUUUUUUUUCCCACUUGUUGUCCCCUAAGCAGCUAUUCUUUAAAGGCAAAGUUGUGAACAAGGCAUGUACGUUACAAAUUGAGUAGUAGAAGAGAGUAGUGCCACAAGUUUGAUGAGAUGAGGAUGCAACUGAAUCUUUCUGGAUGACUUUCUAUUGCUGGCAAUAGGAAUUAUUCCCCCAAAAGAAAAUCAGUUUCCAGUGCAAAGAGGGCAUAAAUGUGUUAUAUUUGGUUACCCCUGGCUGAGUAUGUUUCACCGUAAGCUGUCUGUUAGGUCAGGUAGAAAAAUACUGAAUGACAACUGCCUGGGAAGUGAAGCAGCUUGAUGGAGGUGGUAAUAUUGGAAUCCAUUCCUUUCACUGGUGCCGGUGGUUGUUAGCAUAGGUGCAACCAGGCAGGUAUUCGAACAAAUGAUUAGUCUAACAAAGACUGUGAAAAGAAUUUGGACCUAUCUGUGCUCCUCUUUACAUAGUACUGUCCCUCGUGUCCGGCGGUCCUGGCCGAAACCAGAAGAACUGUUUUUCAUCUCAACUGUAAA